AUGACGUUCAGCAUCACCAUUGAUCCUACAGAUCCGCACGGUUCGGAUCACUCUUUGUCUGACGAGGAGGAUUCCUCCGGCGUGCAAGUUUCCGUGCCUUCAGACCCAGGGAGCCAUGAGUACCAAGACUAUGAUGAGUGGGCGCAUUUGCCAUAUCCGGAUGAAUUGAAACCGUCUGAUUCAGCCUCUCGACCAAGGACCUCACACCGCAGUCGCCCGCUUCACGGUACACGCUCGGCUUCAGGCCGUCGUCAGACCUCGCGUCGUCAUAUGAUCCCAGAACGGGAGUCGUUUGGCCCGCGGGCCCGGAGGCACCAUUCACCAGAAUCUCCCGAUAGCGCGGAUUCGGCCGAAGAAUAUGCUGGUCCCUUUGGCCGUGCCGCUCCUGACCGGAGAAUGUGGCCCCCGCCUGCGCCAGGCUAUGCCCCAAGUUCAUCUUCCGGGCCGUCUUACAACGCCUAUCCCCAUGGACCUGGUCCCUACAUGCACCCAAAUGGGCCUCAAAACCCAUCGGACCAGCUAAUACGACUUGGUCACCCCAACUCCGGGCAGCAACCUGCCUAUGGCUCUGCGGCCUAUCCUUACGGCACCCCGUACCCGCCUCCACAUGGCUCUUCGAUGCACCCUUAUUUCCCCCAAGAACAUCCAGCGCACUCAAGACACGCCCAUCGCCAACAGCCCCCGCAACCGCGAAACGAUGCGCAUAAUCCUUCCCAGCCGCCAAUACCACACCCGAUGGCUCCCCAUGGCUCGCCCUCACCGUUCGCAGGAUCUCCAUUUCAUUCCCACGAGCUGAUGCCCUAUGGACCCGCGGGGUAUUACAAUUAUCGGGAUCCGUACGCCAUGGUUCCCGGGAUGAUGCCUCCAUCAUACUUUCCUUCAUAUCCCCAAGUACCCUCGCCGACGCAGCCCGAGUCCAAAUCGCCGCCCGAGCCCCCAGCAGAUAUUGCCAAGGACGAAGCGAUUGCGAGGCUUGAGAAGUUGAUUCUGGAUGAACGGACGGAACGAGAGACCCGAGAGGCCGCGCAAAAGGCGGCAAUUGAACGAGAGGCCGCGGAGAAAGCUGCUCAAGAAGAACGAGCCGCGCAUGACAAACAGAUCGCCGAGCAAGCCGCUGCCCUAGCCAGAGCGGAUGCGGAGAAAAAGGCCGCCGAGGAUGCAGCUAAGGCCAAAGAAGAGGCCGAGAAAGCUGCAGCAGCCGCUGCUUCGGAGGCGGCGGCAUCCGCGGCGGCGGCGGCGACUGAAGCGGCUAAUGCAGCGGCCGCUGAAGCUGCCAAAAAAACCCCCGCCGAAAAGAAGAAGCCGAUCAAAUUCAAGGACGCCGUUGGAAGGAAAUUCAGCUUUCCUUUUGAGCUAUGCAGCACGUGGCAGGUAAGCCCCUCCUUUUCUCUUCUGCUUCAACUAUACAACCCAGAACUUAUCAUUGACUUGACACAGGGCAUGGAAGAGCUUAUCCGGCAAGCUUUUCUCCACAUCGAGGUCAUAGGCCCACACGUUGCCGAGGGGCAUUACGAUCUCAUUGGCCCUAAUGGUGACAUUAUCCUUCCCCAGGUGUGGGAGACCGUGAUUGAGCCCGACUGGGCUAUUACCAUGCAUAUGUGGCCGAUUCCCGAGAAGCCCAAAGAACCAGAUCCUCCGGCGGCUGAGGCCCCGCCUGUGAAGGAGGCAGAAGCGCCCGCGCCCGCGCCUGCGGAGCCAAAGAAAAAAUCGGAGUCUGCAAGCAAGAAAAAUAGACCCAAAGGCCCCCCCGGCGGUAUCGCGAUGUGGAUGAUUGGAGGAAGCAACCGCCCUCGGACAAAACAAGCUCCCAAAGCAGAGAAAAAACCGGAACCGCCCCCCCAACAAUGA